AUGAAAUUUCGAGAUGUUUGCGGAGUUCUGAGAACAUUACGUGAUUUUUUGCUAGGAAUCAAAGUGCCCCAUCAACUACACAAUCGGUUUAACCCUCUCCUGGCGCCUAGAACCCUCCCUCCACCAGAUAUACCACGAACUUCGGUAGACAGAUAUUCAGGAAUAUAUUACUAUACAAGACAUGCCUUAGAUUCUGUAAAACCUCCGGUUGUUGGGCCCAUUGCUUUAGGAUUAGAAGAUUCAAGAAAGCUGAGUGGCACACAGCAGCCUGCCAAACCACGUACGGACAGUGAACUAGUCUUCCCUACCAUCCCUACUCCAGGACCGCCGUAUUGGUUUGAUGCUCACUGCUAUUACGAAUGCGUGCCCGACGUGGUACGACCACCAAAGCCUUGCCCCCCGAAGGAACCACCUAUACCUCCACCCUGUCCCCCUCCGCCUCCACCCCCAUGCGCACCUAAUCCAUGCGAGUCCAUUAAAAGAGUUCAUUAA